GUGCGUAUGACUGUCUACGUGACUUGGACCUCGUCUCAAUUUCCGAAAACGAUAUAAGGGGGGAGUGGCGGCGCAGGCAAUCAGAGAUCUGCCAGACAACUUUCGCAGCGGGUUGAAGGCACCACCAGGAAAUAAAAAUGUCUGCGUUUUUCCAAAUGUUAAGGAAAAAGAAAGAACUUAUUCCGUUAAUUGGUAUUAUGACCUUUGCAGCAACUGGUGCCACUACCGCCUGCCUUUACUUCUUGUUCACUAAAUCGGAUGUCAUCAUUAACAAGGCAGGGAAUCCCGAACCGUGGGAGAACCUAGAUCCAAGAAAACCCCAAAAGCUCAUUACAAUAAACCAGCAGUGGAAGCCCGUGGAGGAGCUGCAGAUGGUGAAGAGCAUAACCAAGUAGAGAUGACCCUGCCUGCUCUAAAGUCUCUGUGUCCACCAGCCUGCCUGCACCCUAUCAAUCUAACGGAAUCAUUUCUGCACAGACUAGACUCUGAGAACCAGUGUGCGGAAAUGCUUCUGCUACAUUGGUAGGGUCUGACCACCAACAGGUCUGUGGGACUGUAGUAGGUCCUUCAGCUGGAAUUCACUAAAGCAAGCGCCGCACAGCUAGGAAAACAGAGGACUGAACAUUCUGGCAGCUCGUCCUCAUUAAACCAUGUGAUUGUAUUAUAGCAAAAUGUGACUGAUUACCCUUAUUCACUAUACUGAUUAACAUAGUGUACAUAAUGGCCUAUAAAAUAAAGAAUGUAGUUCAAAGAU